GCGAAAUCACGACCUCGGGGGACUGUCUUCCGCUUUGCCUUCCCUCGCGAAACCCUAAACCCGAAAUACGGCCGCCGCCGCGCAACUCUGUGGUGCCCGAGCAAUAUCCCCUUCCCCUCAGCCUCGAGGCCAGCCCACGUCCCCAGCUCCGGCGCCGUCGUACCUGACCAAAAGUGACCGGGGAUCGGAGCAGCUGCGGAACCCUAACCCCCACCUGGAGGUAGGAGAGGGCGUGAGGCCUUGGCGGCCUUGGGCGGGCGGCGCAUACGCGCUGGGUGCUGCGACCACUCAACCACGAGUAGCAAGCGGCGCAGCACGGCAGUAGAACCCCCGCCUCCCGACCAAGCCCCCUGACACUCCGGUGGUAGAGCACGGAGCUUGGUUUCCUAACAUGGGGAAGAGGCCGAGGACAACUCUGCGGCGUCUGCCUACCCGGGCCCCUCCAAAGUCCAAACGGACCGACGAACUGGCGGCUAUGUCUGACUCCGACGACAAUGAGAUUGACGCCUUCCACAAGCAGCGGGAUAUGAUCCCCCUCGACGCCGAUGAUGCGAGAGAGUCAGAGGAUGAUGAUUUGGAGCAGCCCGUGUUCGACCUUGAGGGUGUUUCCGAUAGCGAGACUGAUGACAGCGAAGGAGAAGAGAAUGGUGACAUGGAUGAAGCUAAUUAUGAAGGAUGGGACGCAGGAUAUAUUGCAAAAUUAAAAAGAGCAGAGAGAGCAGUGAAACAAAUCGCUGGAGGUGAUGAUAGCAUGGAUGAGCAGGAGGAAGAUGAACAGGGUAAAAACAUCUGGGGCAGAGGUAAAAAUGCAUACUAUGAUGCUGGUGAACAGUCUGAUGAGGAAGAGGUGGAUUAUGAGGAGGCGCAAAGGAUCCAAAAGGAGAAGGAAAAAAAGCUGUCUGUGAAAGAUUUUGGAUUGGAAGAUGGUGAAAGUGAUGAAGAGAAUAAAACCACAAAGGCAUCCAACCAUCAAACCAAAGUUUCUGAUGAGACAUACACUACUACAAGCUAUGAGAAAAUGAAAGAAGACUUUGCUGUCUUACCAGGAGAUGAGAAAAUGGGUGUGCUAUACAGUUCUGCUCCCGAACUCGUUGGCUUGUUGUCUGAGUUGAACGAGGCCCAUGAAGAACUUAGGGCUAUAGGACAGCUCAUCAGUGAGGUUACAGCUGGUCUAGGCAAAGAUAAGGGUAGAAUGCAACCUCUGGAAGUGAAGAAAGCUUGUUUGCUGGCUUAUUAUCAAGCUAUUACCUUCUACCUCCUUAUGAAAGCCGAGGGGUUGUCUGUGCAGGAUCAUCCUGUAAUUGCUCGCCUUGUAGAGACCAAGAAUAUGGUAGAGAAGAUGAGGCAGGUAACCAUGAAUCUCCCAAGCCUAAAAGGGGGCACUGAUAGUAUGCGUAGCAGCACCAUCCAAGCAGAUAAGAUAGUCUCACUGGACAAAGGGAUGGGCAAAUGUGGCAGUGUAUUAGCAUUGGAUACAGUAAAACAAGGUGCUGAAGUCUCUGAAUCGACAAAGAAUGAGUAUUCUAAUAAUGAUCACCAUGAAGUUAAAGAACAGAAGAGCAAGGUUGAACUGGAUGAGCAUAUGGGCUUGCAAAGCCAGGAAAUGUUAAAAGUAAGAGCAAAUCUUGAGGAAAGGUUAAAGAAAAAAGGGCUUUAUAAUUUGACAUGUUCGAAGCCAGAGAAGUUGUUAAACACCAGGACAACUAGUAAUAAAAGAGAACUGCAGACGUUGGAUGACUUUGAUGAUGAAGUGCAGAAGAAUAGUCAAAUGAUGAAACCUAGCAAGCCCCUAGCUGCAGCUGAAUUAAAUAAAAGCAAGUUCGUUUCUGGUGAUGAUGACCUUCCAAAGCGAGAUAAUAUUGGUGAAAGGCGAAGGAAACAUGAGCUACGUGUCCUUGCAAGAGUGGGAGCUAACACGCUUGAAGAUGAUCGUGAGUUGCCAGAAGAUGAUGACCAUACUGAAGAUGAAUUUUACAAGGAUGUAAAAAGACAGAGGACCGAAAAGCUAUUAAUUAAAAAACAGAAGUAUUCACUAACUCCUGGUACUCAACCUCUGGAGGAAGAAACUGUAGAAGGCAAGAGGAAGAUCUCAUAUCAGAUCGAGAAGAACAGGGGGUUGACGCGCUCCAGGAAUAAGGAUAAGAGGAAUCCACGAAAGAACUACAGGGGUAAGCAUAAAAACAAGCUUGUCAGGCGGAAAGGUCAGGUGCGUGACAUUAAGAAGUCCUCCGGUUCGUAUGGAGGUGAAUCAUCUGGCAUCAACCCGAGCGUCAGCCGAAGUGUUAGGUUCAAGAGUUGAUGUCUGUUGUCUGUUCAGUUUGAUCAUGUGGACAUGAAAAUUUUGGUUGAGGGUUGUUUUUGUGGUCAUAACUCGGAAGUUUGGCAGAGCGCAUAAUUUGACACCCGAUAUUGAAGAUGAGUAAAUUUUUGCCUGCCUAAAUAUAAAAUCUUGUCUGUGCCUGUGCCAAAGCCA